AUGCGGAACUUACUGGCUGGCAUUUCCUUGGCUCUUGCUACCUCUGUGCUAGCAUUCCCGACGACAGGAAAAGAUGUGCGGAACGAGGCCUCUGGGUGCCCAUUUGCCGCGAGUUCAGCCAACUCCAAGCGUCAAUCUAACGCAGCUUCAUCAGUCAACUUCGAUCCAGUCAAGCAGAAGAUUGAUGUGACCGGAAAACAUGCAUUCCAGCCACCCGGUGCGGGCGAUAAAAGGGGACCAUGCCCAGGGCUAAAUGCUCUCUCUAACCACGGGUACCUUCCUCACAACGGUGUGGUUACUUUUACUAAGGCCAUUGAAGCCUCCAACAAGGUAUUUGGUAUGGGCAUUGACGUAGCCACGGUAUUAUCUACGCUGGGAGUGGUACUUGAUGGAAAUCCACUUACUUUCAUCUGGUCUAUUGGUGGGCCUACUGGGGAGCUAGUACUUCCUCCCCUUCUGGCCUCUCCCCAAGGUUUAAGCGGCUCGCAUAACAAAUAUGAGAGUGAUUCGUCUCCCACUCGCUGGGAUGCAUACAUGAACAAUGGGGAUGGCAAUACCUUGAACCUUACAUACUUCAAGAAGCUCUAUGAUCGUCUACCUGAGGGAGACCCCAAAGCUAAUUUCGACUACAAUGUUAUCGUUGCGAAUAGGGUUGAACGAUUCAAAACAUCCGUAUCGGAGAAUCCUAACUUUUUUUACGGACCCUUCAGUGGAAUAGUCGCCUCCGGGACUGCUCACGCAUUCGUAACCCGCUUGAUGUCCAACCACUCGGUUGAAUCGCCUCAAGGAACGCUGAAUCACGAAGUGCUCAAAUCAUUCUUUGCAGUAAGCGGGAAUAGCGCAAACCUCACAUAUCAGAGGGGAUAUGAGCGUAUUCCGACAAAUUGGUAUAAACGGCCCACCGAUUACUCUGCUUUGGACCUCACCGCCGACCUAUUGAGUGCGUCCCUCGAACAUCCAGAAUUUCUCUCGAUAGGCGGAAAUACAGGAAAAGUGAAUAGCUUUGCUGGGGUCAAUUUGAAUAACAUCACUGGCGGUGUUUACAACUCGGUCAACUUACUUCAGGGAAACAAUCUCCUCUGCUUUGCAUUCCAGGCAGCGCAGCAGGCCGUACCCGAUGUUCUGAAGGGUGGUAUACUGGGGGACCUGGCCUCUGUCCUUAGUCUCUUGACAUCGAAGAUUACGCCGAUUUUGUCUGGCUUGGGCUGUCCUCAGCUGACAAAAUAUGAUAAGUCUGCAUUCAAAAUCUACCCAGGCUCCGGUGGUACAGCUUGA